GCGAUUGGUGAACGUGGACGCGGGGCGGAGCCUGGGGUGGUGCGUGUGCACAAGUAGGUCACGUACCUAAGUGCGACCUCCGCUCUUGGCAUUUGUGCCAUGGCGGUCUCUCUCCUCCUGCGGGGAGGACGGAUCCGGGCGCUGAAGGCUGUGCUCCUGGAGGCAAGGGUGUUCCCGGGAGAACUGGUUUCUGUAGUGAGGCUGUCUACAGAGUCAGAGAAGAGUGCAAAGGAGAAAGAGCUACAUCCCAAGACACAAAGUGUGCUCAAAGAUGUGGGAGCAGAGGAGAGGGGCAAGCUCCUAACCGCGCACACAGCAGCGGCACUGUCCAAAAACUCACCUCCACCCAGUUCUUACCCAUCAGUGGAGAACACAGGUGGGGCUGUGGCAGGCCCGCACCCUGGCGGCAGCCUGCUGCCCACAGAUGAAGGGCUUCCGAAGCAUUUGUCAAGAAAGACUUUGGUAGCGUUUCCUCAGAAAGUUAUGCCUCCACCCCAAGCACGGGGUUCUGACUCAAAGGCUCAGGGGCACGUGCAGAAAGUGACAAACGAUUCAUCUUCAUCUUCCUCAUCCAGCUCCUCAGAUUCAGAUUCUGAUGGGGAGGAACAUGACUCAGACCGUGCUCCCCGAGUGGCAAGCAAAGGCAAGGCAGGGUCUUCCAAACCGGAGGCCUCCCGGCCCUUGACGACUGGAGCCCCUAAAAUCACAGUUUCUGCAAAAGAGAAGGCCAAGGUCCAAAAGCCACCCACAGAUGUCACCUACCCAGAGAAGACCCUGCAGCCUAAGAAGAAAUGGACCAAGCCUGUAGAAGACAGCAAAGAAGCCAGGUCCAAGCCCGUGACAUCCAGGCCACAGUCCAGUGAGAUGUUGGAGCAAAACGUGAAGGAAGAACACCAACGGGGGAAACCGAGACCAGACAAGACAGGAAAGGAAAGCGCAAAGCCAUGUGAAGCUGAAGGAAUCUUACCCAGCCACGGGAAAGUCAGAGUACCCACACAGCCCACUAGUGGGCCAGUGCCCACAACGCAAAUACAAGAGGCCAGUGCAGAACAUCCGCCAGCCGUUGCCCCCAGGAAGGGAGCUAGAUAUCCGGAACCAAAAGUGCCAGAGCCCGGAUGGAAGACCUCUUCUCCCCUGCUCAGAAAAGAAAGCGCAGAGAAGCAGGUGCCAGAAGGAGGCUCCCAGGUCCAGGAGGUCUUGGAAGAUCAGAAACCAGUGAGCUAUUCGAAGACACUUCCUGUUCAGGAGAAAGAUACUGUUGAAGAGAGUGCCAGACCACAUCUGGAGGGGAGGUUCCAGGUGGCAGUCGAAGCCCCACCCACUGAUGCAGUCCUACCCCAGGAAGCCCCGGCCGACACACAGGAGCCCGAGCCGACUGACACCACCACCUACAAGAACCUGCAGCACCAUGACUACAACACAUACACCUUCCUGGACCUGAACCUGGACCUCUCCAAAUUCAGGCUGCCACAGCCGUCUUCAGGACGAGAGUCACCUCGGCACUGAGCUCAGCUCAGGGUAGACCCCGAUGUUGGUUCCCAUGAAUCCUUGCCUGUGAGAAUAAAAGGCAGAGUCACAAA